UUAAAAUUAAAAUAUGGAUGCUAUUUUGCCUGAAAAUAUUUUUCUUAAGUUUCGAAAUUUAUCUGACAUCACAUUGAUAACUGAAGAUGGUUGUAAAUUUAGAGCUCACAAAAUUUUGCUAGCUCAAACAAGCAGAUAUUUUGAGACACUCUUUUGCGGAAAUUUCAAGCACUCUAUACAGACUUUAGUACCAAUAGUAAAAGGCGAAAUAUUACAAGAAAUAUUGUGUUACAUCUAUGAAAAGAAAGAUAUUUUAACCACGGACAAUGUGUCAGACAUCCUUCUGGCUUCAGAUUAUCUAAUAAUUGAUGAAUUGUUCAAAAACUGCAACACAUUUAUACUCAAUGGUGGAAUAACAGUAGACAAUUGUAUACAAGUCUUUAACUGUGCAUGGAAGAUCGAACUGGAUGACAUUAAAACCAAAUGUAAACGAUUUAUUGAAAUUCACUGCGAAGAAGCUUUCAUGAAUCCAAUGGCAAAUGUCAGGAAUAUGCCUUUACCUGCAAUCAAAGAAAUUUUGGAAUGUGACAAUCUUAAUAUUUCGGACGAAUCAAUUGUAUGGAAUAUUGUAAUAUCAUGGAUAAAAGGAAAUGCGGCAGAUAGAAUGGACCAUUUUCCGGAGAUUUUAAAAUAUGUAAGACUCCAAGAAAUGGAUGAAAUUUUGAUCAACAAAAUGGAAUUGCCUCCCGUAUUUAAAGAUAACCCUUUUUGCUUCGAUUUUAGCUUCAUCAAUAAUAUCCAAACGGCAGCAAUAUCAAAGAUGAUGGAACAGGCGAAAGCUUUGCCUCUCUCUAUAACUGGUUUACGCGGCCCUCGAAUUCCGACCAGUAUAUACUUCAUCUGUAAACAAGUCCCACAACGAAAAGCAGAACUUUUUAUAACUUAUGACUUUAACUUUGAUUAUUGGUAUUAUUUGGGGAAAUUUCCAUUGCAUCGUGAUGUGAACUAUACUGAAAUUUGCAUUGCAGGGCAAUUCGUUUACUUUUCUUUUUAUAAUAACCCAACAAGGAUAAAAGCUUUUGAUCUCAUCCGUGAAACGUGGACUUUUAUCAACAGUGUUCCACAAAGGCGGUCUUUGUACACUGCAGUUUCAAUCAAUGAUGAUCUUUACGCUUUGGGUGGUAUGCUUUCCAUGGUACAGUCUGUUGACUCUUCUUUUAUAGAUAUCAACAACAUUGGAAGAAAUCCUGCUAACAUCUUAUUCAACCAAAUAAAUGCAGCUGAUGUGGAAAACCUAAACCCAGAUGAUGACAACUCUCUCAUGUUUGUAGAUCUGUUUGAUGAUGAAGAAGCCGAAGAUGGCAAUGACAACUUGAAUGGCAACCAAGGCGAAGAGACCAAUGAUAUAAACGAAAAUUUAGAUCAUGCUUUAGAGGAUGAAGCAGCUUACUUGAAUUCUGACCCGGAUGAUGAACAUGAAACUUAUGGCAGCGUUGAAUUACCGGAUGAGGAAGCAAAUACUUCAGCCGAUGAACCUCUUGAUGACGAGGUCCAGUUUUCGGAGACAGACAUGAAUGGAACGCAAGACCUCCAUGACGAUUACCAUGUUAUAAGAAGCAGAUACGACGUCGUGCAACGUUACAAUAGAGAAUCAAAUACGUGGCAGUUGAUGCACCCUAUGAAUGCUGCCCACAUUAUCCGAGCUGUGACGCUAAACAACAUGAUUUAUGUCAUCGGAGAAGGUGUAGAUUACGAAGAAAUGGUCUGCCAAUUUUAUGAUCCCAAUAGAGAUUCAUGGACUCUGAUACCAACACCCGAAUUCUACCGCACAAAUUGUGCUGUUGUAACAUUCUGUGGUAAAUUAUACCUCAUAGGCGGACAGAACAGGUAUUUUGCUGAUCUCAGAAAAGUUGAGGAGUACAAUCCAACUGAAAAUUCGUGGCGGUUACUACCAGAUUUGCCAUACAUUUAUUUCGAUCCCGAAGCUAUAGUCAUCAAAAAUACAAUUCUUGUUUACGAUCAAAGUGCAUUAUGGGGUGAAAAUCAUACCUCUGUUACUUGGGACAGUGAAAUGCAAUCAUGGCGUACAGCAUCAUUUAUCAGUGAAGAACUGCUGACGGAAAUGAGGCGCAGCCAAAUAAUUGUUGCUGAAAAUCAGGCCAUGUUGAAAGAGUUAAUCGGGAAACAUAAACGCAAGAGAAGUGUUUGGAAAGAUAGUUCAUCCAACUUUCAAGUAUUUGAAGACUAUGACAUCCUGUUCUGUAUGAAUAUCUUUGUGUGUAUAUAA